CACAAGCAACAUAUCUCUAUCUUCAUCCCCAAAAGCGAACCCUAAAUUUCUCCGCUCUGCUUCCAUCCCCAUACGCUCCGCGAAUUCCAUCCUCCCGCACUCAAAUUCGAGCCCCAUACACUGGAUUCCUCUUUCAAUUUCUCUGCAAUUGAUUGAAUCAUGUACAGAGAUCGCGGUGGGCGCCCCUCCAAGGGCGGAGAUUUACUGGAUCGGAAGCGAAUCAACGAUGCGUUGGAUAAGCACUUGGAGAAGUCUUCUACAUCGUCGUCCAGAAACAAGGGUGCCUCCAUUGCCGCGCCGUCCACCUCCUCCGCUGCCGCGGGGAAGCAUCUAGACCCUCGGGACAAUCGCUCUUCGUCCACUCUCACUACUAACAAGAAUAAGGCUUCCGAUGAGGAAUCUGAAACAAAUAGUGAAGAGUCCGACGUCAGUGGUUCUGAGGGUGAUGAUACAUCCUGGAUUUCAUGGUUUUGCAACUUGCGUGGAAAUGAGUUCUUCUGUGAAGUGGAUGAGGACUAUAUUCAAGAUGAUUUUAAUCUGUGCGGAUUGAGCAGUCAAGUUCCAUAUUAUGAUUAUGCUCUCGAUCUGAUUUUGGAUAUUGACUCCUCUCAUGGUGAUAUGUUUACUGAAGAACAGAAUGAAUUGGUUGAAUCGGCUGCUGAAAUGCUUUACGGCCUUAUCCAUGUCAGAUACAUUUUGACUACCAAGGGAAUGGCUGCAAUGUUAGAGAAGUACAAAAACUAUGACUUUGGAAGAUGUCCAAGAGUUUACUGCAGCGGACAGCCUUGUCUUCCUGUUGGACAAUCAGACAUCCCGCGCUCGAGUACUGUGAAGAUAUAUUGUCCCAAAUGUGAAGACAUUUACUAUCCACGAUCCAAGUACCAAGGCAAUAUCGAUGGAUCAUACUUUGGAACCACAUUCCCUCACCUGUUCUUGAUGACAUACGGCCACCUCAAGCCACAAAAGCCGACGCAGAAUUAUGUUCAAAGGGUUUUUGGCUUCAAGAUUCACAAACCCUGAGAAGGAAAUUUACGUGUGCUCUUCAUCUGUGUUGAUCAACCAAUUCUCGUCUGGCAUCUCUAUUUCACAGGUCCAGUGGCAGUGGCAAUGGCACUGCAGGCUAUUCACAAGACGAAGUUGACUGCUUGAUGGAGAAGUAGCUAUGAAGCCAAUUUCAUCUUAAGCCAUGUAAGUUAAUUUUAAUUUUUCAUUCGGCGAAAUGUUUUUUCGAUGCUUCUUGUGCUUGCUGCUAUCUUGACAAGAGUAUAAUAUGCUUUUAUUGUUGUUGUUGUAGACUUAAAAAAUUGCGCCUGUGUGUAGCAUUGGUAGAAGCUGAAUUUUAACCUUAAGUUUUGGACUAUGCUAUGCUUCUGGGUAACAAUGUAGCCUUAAAUGUUUGCAUUAUUCAUGUAGCAAUUUUGGAGUUCA